AUGACGAAGACGAACUAGCCGCACCUGCUGCGCUGACUUCCGCAGCCACUACACCCCACGCGAAGCACAGCAAGAUUUCACUAGCAGAAGCCAGAUCGAGUAGAGGCGGGAUCCGGCGGAGGCGCGAGGCAUGGAGAUCGCGACGGUUGACCUCCGCGGGGUGGUGCCGGGGGGCGCCGGGUGGGAGGCCGCCCGCGCGGCGGUGACCGCGUCCAUGGUGGCGCACGGCUGCGUCGUCGUGGCGCACGACGCGGUCGGCGCGGACCUCCGGCAGGCGCUGUUCUCCCGCGCGCUGCCGGAGCUCUUCGCGCUCCCUCUCGAGGCCAAGCAGCGGACGGUGUCGCCCAAUGGGGAGUUCAGGGGCUACAUCGGCCAGCGCCCCGGCAUGGACUGGGAGAGCCUCCGCGUCGGAAAGCCCACGGACGCCGCCAGCGUCAGCGGCUUCGCUGAGACGCUCUGGCCGGAGGGAAACCCAGAGUUCUGUGACACGAUCGUGGCGUUCGCCGAGAACAUGAUGGAGCUGGAGGGGACGGUGGAGACGCUGGUCCUGGAAGGCCUCGGCGCCCGCGGGCAGAGCAUCCGCGCCCACUUCGGCUCGCUCGACCACGCCGUCCGGCUGUCGCACUACGGCGUGCCGCCGGACACGGAGAGCAGCAUGUCGAUGCAGCCGCACUACGACGACAGCGUGGUGACCGCGAUCGUGCAGCACGAGGUGGAAGGGCUCGAGAUGCACGCCGGGGACGGGCGCUGGGUCGCCGUCCCUGCCGAAGUCGGCACCCUCACCUUCGUCGCCGGCGAGCAGUUCAGGGUCGUGACGAACGGGCGCGUGCCGGCGUGCCUCCACCGCGUGAGGACGCCCAGCAACCGCGAGCGGUUCUCGGUGCUGUUCGGCCGCCGGCAGAAGGACGGCGUGGCGGUGCGCGCGAUGGAGGACCUCGUCGACGCGGAGCACCCGCUGGCGUACAACCCGCUGCGCCAUGAGGAGUACUCCAGGUGGCGUGUCACACCCGGUUUUAGAAGGCAAACCGAAUGCGAACCAUGUACGUGCCAGGAUCAGUUAUUCACGUACACAGCAGUUACAUAAUAUGGACAUCAUCACACAGUGCUCAAAAUAGUAUUAAAAGGGGAAAUAGUCGAUUACA